AUGAGAUAUACCACUGACAAGUCUAUUAGGCAAAGUAUAGCUCACAUUGAAAAUGUGCAGGAUUUUCUAGAAGCUGUUAGGAAGAAAUUUACUAAGUUUGAUAAGGCAGAAAAGGGAACCUACAUGAAGCUACUCACUACCACAACUUAUGAUGGGCUUCGUGGAGUUCAAGAGCACAUUGUGAAGCUCAUUCAUUUCUUUAAUAAAUUGAAGGAAAUGAAGGUUGAGUUAGCAGACAGUUUUCUUGCGUGGCAAGUGCUUGAGUCUUUACCAUCUCAAUUUGAUGGACUCAAGAUCAUAUAUAAUGCUCAAAAAGAAAAAUGGAGCUUGAGUGAAAUGAUUGCUAUUGUCACUCAAGAGAAAGAGAUGAUGAAAAUAGGAAAGUCUCCUGUUGCUCUCAUGGUGUCAUGA